CCCAAGCAUAGCUGGUCCAGGGAGGUUAGAAGCCAUCCAAAUAAACCAUUAAAACUUCAACAUAAAAUAAUAAAUCGAGUGACGGUUAUAGUAUUUACGCUUUGUGAAUUAUGCGCGCGUAUUGAGCGAUUUGUCAAAAAUCCUGGUCCGCAAUGUCAAUUUGACAUGUUAUACUGUCACGUCUGCGAAGAAGUCUUAUACGAGGUGCUGUCGAUAGGUGAACGAUUCGUUUCGAUAGCAUAAAAUUUUGAAGGCGAGAAAUUUCAAAAUGAAUUAUUAUGCAGUAGGCCAUGAUAAAUUUGUGGCAGCUACAAAAUGUCUAGUCAAAGUUAGUCUAAUCUCAAAGCCGGUGCUGUGAACACAAAAAUACGGAAACUGAAAAUAUAUAUAGUGGAUAUAUUUAUUGCCCAUCUUUUUUUGUUUUUGUUUUUUUGUGUAAAAAAAAAACUAUUCUUAAGGAGCUGCAAGUCAUUCUGGGUUUGUACUCCUUUUUAUUUCUGUUGCUUGUUUGUUGGUGUUUGCUUGCUUUAUGUAUAUAUCAUGAUGAUCUCCCCGGAGCAACAUGAAGUUGAUUUGGUUUUGGAUCGGCAAGUGCGCCGGAAUAUACAGGACAUGAUGCACGAAGCGGAUGUGCAGGCCAACCUAUUGGAAAGUGAGGGCGUUUCGGGGCGUGAACGGUACAACUCGGAAUCUAGCAUCGACCAGGACCAUCUGCAUGCGGACGCCAUGGGCGGACUAGGCAAUCUUUCGGCCGAUGAGAUUGUUGAGGAAGAUCAGGACUCUGAGCAGGCCGUGCAGGAAAUACAAAACUAUCACGACAUGCUCGUGGAAACACACAUCGAUAUCAACGGCUCGCUGCGCAAGCGUCGCGGCAACUUGCCGAAGCACUCCGUCAAGAUCUUGAAGCGCUGGCUCUACGAGCAUCGGUACAAUGCGUAUCCCAGUGAUGCCGAGAAGUUCGCCUUGGCGCAAGAGGCCAAUUUAACUGUGCUGCAGGUCUGCAAUUGGUUCAUCAAUGCGCGCCGGCGCAUUCUGCCUGAGAUGAUUCGCCGCGAGGGCAACGAUCCUCUGCAUUUCACCAUCUCCCGUCGGGGCAAGAAAAUAAGCCCCAACUCUUCAGGCUCGAUUAGCGGCUCAAAUCUCCACUGCACGCCAAAUCCAAUUACAGGCAGUCCGGCCUCAGAAGUAGUUGUUGGCGCUACGGAGGAAGUGCACAGUGCCGCUGAAAUGCACGAGGGCAUAGCCAAUGUGCUCACCAAUUUUGAUCAAUAUGUGCGCACGCCCAACGGCCAGAUGGUCAAAAUGGAGCCGGAGUUCGAUGAGAGCGUGAUUUACAGUUGGCAACAAGCAAUCGCAAACAAUCCGCUGGGCUUUCAGAGGCUGCACUCCUCGUUGCAAGCUACCAUAAUCGAUAAGAUACAGAGCUACCAACAGCGCAAGGCAGCUCUAAAUGAGGUUAGCACCGCCAGUAUCACGAGCAGGGGAAGCAGUAGUGAGAGCAGCAGCAGCAGCACCUACAGCGCUAGCAAUUCUAUGGUGUCGUAUAGUCCAUAUGGGCAGCAGUCAAAAGAAUUCGACGAGGACAAGCCAGCGAGGAAGCGAGGACGCAAACGUCAGAACGAGUUGAGCAAGACGUCCGAUACUCUGCCACCAGACAAACUUCUUAAGCAGGAUAUUGGUCAAGAACAAGGCGAAGCGCAAGAAAAACAGAAGUCGGUGCAUCUUUCCAAAGCAGAAGUGUUUGUUAAACAUGAUGAUUGCUCUGGUGGUUUUGUGGCGGCGCUUAGAUCGGAGGGCGAGGAGAGCGGCCACGACUACGAGUCAUGCGAGCAGGUCAGCGAGGAAGAAGUCCGCUUCGAGACAUCCGACGACUGGCAGAGUGUCAUCAAGACCGUUUUCAGCACCGAAGAAGUGACUACGACCAAGACAAAUCCUGUCAGCAGCAAUGCAGUCAGCUGUGAUUCAGUAUCCACACAGGUUGUCAAGAGUGGUGCUUCAACUUCGAUUGCAGGCAAUCAGCAAUUGCUGGAUCAUAUGCUGGGCGCCGAGGCGACCAUUAUGACCAGCUCGAAUGCGGAUGACGGCAUUUCGUGUGUUCCAGAGCCAGAGGAAACUGUCUCAAUCUCAGAGAAUGAGAACAGACAACCGGAAACACCUCCACGCUCAGCUUUAAGUCGCGAGGAGCGCGAUAAAUACAAAUGUCUGUAUUAUCUUGUGGAAACUGCAAUGGCUGUGCGUCAGAGCGACAGUGGACAGGAUGAGGACCUUUCCUACAUGGGAAACUAUUUAAAUAACUAACCUCUAAGCCAAGGAUUUAUAUUGUAUAUAACUAUUUAUAAUUUGAUUUAUAUUUUAAACGUCUGCAUGCACUUGUUAAACUCGUUGAAUCGAGAACUAAUGAGUAUCAUAUUGUACAAAAUUGUUAACGAAACUCCACCCCUCGAUAAGCAGUCAAAAACACUUUGAAUAGACGCUCG